AAAUUUUCUGUCGAUUUUGCGUUGUGUCGAUAUGGAUUCGUUUAUGGAGUAUUAUUUUGAGGAAGUGUUUUGUAAUUUGGACCGUGAUGGCUUGAAUGAGAGAUACAAGAGGAAGGAGCUAGUGGAGUAUUUUAGCACGGUCAUCGCUGGGUGUGCAGCAGGGCAGAACCACACCGACAACACAACCUGCAAGAACUUCAUAACGUCAGCCCUGAAGUACCACAACAACUGCAAAUCUACCAACGGAGACGUAUGCCUCAUGGGCAAAUACCACAACGUCCUGUAUAUAGCCAUGAAGCUAUCGUUUGACUGGAGUCUCCAGGAUAAUGGAGUGGUUGCAGCUCUCUUGGAUGAGCUGUAUGCGUGUGAAAAGACGUUUGAGAGGAUAUUUUUGGGAGCUAUCUUUGGUACAUCAGCGCCUUACUUCCUAGCCGGUUGGAAAUCAGACUUCAUGGACAAAGAAGAAAACGUUCACGCGCUAGUCUUCUUCUUGGAUCACGCAACUAACGCCAAUUUGGAAUACACAGAAGAGGGAAAAGUGUAUCGAUUUAUCGACGUUCCUCUAGAAAGUUGUGGAAAAGCAUCACCCGUGAGGGUAGUCAUUCAAAUGGGAACAUCAGAAAUGUUAAUGAUUCUUCUUCGGUUUGGUGCCCAAAUUUUCUCUGAUAAUGUUGCUACAAAUCCUGUAGAAUCCAUUCUGGAUAGAUUAAAGGACUACAACAGAGUAUAUCCAUAUGAAUUAGUAUCUUGUUUAAAGUUAGUGCUAAGAGCUAUACCCAAAAUAACUUUCACGGUCGACAAGAGAGUAUUUAAGCAUUUGGAAUUGCCUGAUGAUUAUAAUUACGACAGAAAGGUUGCUUUAGAGAAAUACGGGGAAAUACUAGAAGAUCAUUUGAUUCCAAGUUCAAGGUGUGGUCUACAGCCAGUGGAAUUGAAGCAUCUGUGUAGAUGUGUGGUACGGAAAACGUUGUGGCAUAAUUUUGAAUUACCUUUUGGUAUUCCGAAGUUAGGGGUGCCAGUUGCUUUGCAAAGAUACUUAGAUCUUUUGGAUGAUUAAACUUUU